AUGCUGGCGAGGACCUUCAUCCUGUUGGCGCUCUUUGCAGAAGCCUCGGCAAAAUCAUGCAUUCCAAAUAAAGCAGAUGUCAUCCUUGUGUUUUGUUACCCCAAAACCAUCAUCACUAAAAUCCCUGAGUGUCCCUAUGGCUGGGAAGUCCAUCAGCUGGCACUCGGGGGGAUGUGUUACAAUGGGGUCCAUGAAGGUGGCUACUACCAGUUUGUCAUCCCAGACCUAUCACCUAAGAACAGGUCCUACUGUGGAACCCAGUCUGAGUACAAGCCCCCCAUCUACCACUUCUAUAGCCACAUCGUGUCCAACGACAGCACGGUGAUUGUGAAGAACCAGCCUGUCAACUACUCCUUCUCCUGCACCUACCACUCUACCUACCUGGUGAACCAGGCUGCUUUUGACCAGAGAGUGGCCACUGUUCAUGUCAAGAAUGGGAGCAUGGGCACAUUUGAAAGCCAGUUGUCCCUCAACUUCUACACUAAUGCCAAGUUUUCCACCAAGAAAGAAGCUCCUUUCAUUCUGGAAACAUCCGAAAUUGGUUCGGACCUGUUCGCAGGAGUAGAAGCCAAAGGGCUAAGCACUCGGUUUAAAGUAGUCCUGAAUAGCUGUUGGGCCACCCCCUCGGCGGACUUCAUGUACCCCUUGCAGUGGCAGCUGAUCAGUAAGGGGUGCCCCACCGAUGAAACAGUCCUCGUGCAUGAGAACGGCAAGGAUCACAGGGCAACUUUUCAAUUCAAUGCCUUCCGGUUCCAGAACAUCCCCAAACUCUCCAAGGUUUGGUUACACUGUGAGACAUUCAUCUGUGACAGUGAGAAGCUUUCCUGCCCAGUGAACUGUGACAAACGGAAGCGUAUGCUACGUGACCAGACAGGGGGUGUCCUGGUUGUGGAGCUGUCCUUGCGGAGCAGGGGACUUUCCAGUCUCUGUGACUUCUCAGAUGUUCUUUAUCACCUCAUCCUGAUGUUGGGGAUCUGCGCUGUGUUAUAA